CAUUGAUCCAUCCAUCCUCUGCGUCCCUUUCCCGCUCGCUGCACCAACGGAACCGAGGAAAUCACUGCCAGCAAGAGCCAAGAAAAAGAUGGCCACCACCACCCACCCAAUCACCGUCUCUUAGCCUUCCGGCCAUACUCGUGCCAUCAUCAUGUCUUCCUCAUGCUCAUCCCGUCUUUACUUGUCAACCACCGAUCUUGGCAUCCCUCUGCUGCCGACGCACAAUCCCGCUCUCGUCCCGUCUCUCACCGUCUCCAAGGGCCUUCGUGAUCCAUCUUCAUCUGAUUCCUUCCGCUCCGCCCGGAGCACCACACCACAUGGCCAGGGUGUCUUUCAGUCUCACCGCAAUCGCCUUGGCAAAGCUGGGCCUACUGCAAACAAAAGACCAUUGCACCGCCGACAUGCGACGACGAGAAACAACAAGCCCGUGUGUCCACGGCUCGGCAUUUGCCAUGACAAGACAACGGGGUUUACACCUUCGUUUGCCCAACAAGCCACCUCAUUGGACGUCGUUGACACAUUUGAAUCAUGUUGGCUUUCUCGUGCCCAGCAAACCCGACACCAUUCCAAGAAGGCCAAGACCUCAUGCCAAAAGCCACAUGCAGCAAUUUGCGAAUGCCAUGCUGAGCACCCAAGAAAUCGAGAUGGCCUUCGGAGAUUGGCAUAUCCACAUUCCCGCAUUGUUGACGGUGGAAUACGGGCCGUGCAACAGUGAACCAAACAAACUCCGUCUCCAUACCGUUCUCGAAUUCUUCCACACCAAUCUACUUUUCCUGUUACCUCUCCCAGCUACGGAUAUACCGUAAACACACAACUUUUUUCUUCUUUUCUUGAUCUAGUACUUGAAUUCGAAGUGAAAGCCACUUACAGAGGAGAACCCUCCACACAGUAUGCUGACACCCCUUUAGUCUUUGACAAGCAGGAAGAGCAAAUUGGUCGACUGGCAGAGGCCGUGCGAUAUCCAAUCGGAAAACCUACCGAUUACAUGUCUACUCCGGUCCAACGGUCCAAGGCAACAAUGGGGAGGACAUGAGCGCUUGACCGUAAGAGGCAUGGACCCUUUGGGCCCGUAUGCAAGAUUGCGGCACAGCUGCGUUCGGACUUUUAAAGGGGGAAGCCUUUAAAGGGGUAAGCAUAUAUCUAGUCGCGAACCUGCGUG